ACCUCCCUCCUUUAAAACCUGCUGCACUCGCUAGAAGUCUCAGACAGCCGCCUGCUCUUGGAAGUAAAAUACGGAGUAACAAAUGUCAUGGAGACCGCUUUUAUUUUUCUAGCAGCUUUCUAUAGUUUCAGACUCCAGCCCAUUGGAGCCGCAAAUAGAAACUAUUAUAUAGCGGCUGUUGAGAUAGGAUGGGACUAUACCCACUUGGAGAAUGCUAACCCUGGAGUCAACCACAAAAAAUUAUAUAAAGAUGCUAUUCAAAAAUAUAUCAAGGCUGUUUAUAGGGAAUACACAGACUCCACGUAUACCGUGCUAAAGCCACGACCAGCAUGGUCCGGUAUACAGGGUCCGGUGAUAGUGGCACAGGCUGGAGACAGGGUGGUGGUUCAUUUCAAAAACAUGGCCUCUCAGCCCUAUAGUAUCAGCCCAGUGGGAGUCACUUACUGGAAGCAAUCUGAAGGGGCAGGAUAUGAGGACUCAACAGCUGGCCAGGAGAAAGAGGAUGAUGCUGUUUCUCCGGGCGGAUACUAUGAGUAUGUGUGGGAUAUCAGCAUCAGAGAUGGCCCCACACAAAGUGAUCCCGAGUGUCUCACAUAUUCCUACUCAUCCCGAGUGGAUACAGUACGAGAUAUGAACUCCGGACUCAUUGGUUCACUGCUCAUCUGCAAACCAAAUGCCUUCACAGAGGAUGAAGAGAGGAAAAAUCCAGCCUUUGUUUUGAUGUUUGCCGUUUUUGAUGAGUCCCAGAGCUGGUAUGGAGAAGUUGGGGAGAGAAGAAGCAGGGAGAGAUUCAGGAAAAGCAACAUCCGUAAGGAAUACCACACUGUAAAUGGAUACAUCAACUCCACCUUGCCUGGUUUGACACUGUGUUAUGGUCGAGGCAAUGUGUUUUGGCAUUUAAUAGGUGUAGGCACAGCUCCAGAUAUCCACUCCAUUCAGUUCCAUGACCACACUCUGCAGGUAUUGUCCCAUCGUAAAGUCACUGUGGAGAUCACCCCAAUGACAUUCAUCACAGCAGAAAUGAAACCCACUUCUGUUGGUCACUUCCCUAUCACCUGUAACAUAGUAGCUCAUCGUCAUGCUGGCAUGAGUGCAUUAUUCACGGUGGAAAAGUGUCCUGAGGUUGUAUUACAUCAGCAGCGUAAUGCCAAUUAUGAUGACUACCAUGAUGAUGAUGACAAAGACAUUUUUAAUGUCAUAAGUAUUGAACCCAAGAAACCAAAAGUGCAAGCUAGAGCCAGUGGGACACAGGUGCCCAAAACCUGGCAGCAUUUUAUUGCAGCUGAAGAAAUCAUCUGGAAUUAUGCACCACAUCUAAAGCACAGUGACAGUGAGCUGCAGUCUCCAUACUUGCCUAAGGUCCCUCACCAUCUGGAUUACAAAUAUAAGAAGGUUGUUUAUGUGGAAUAUUCAGAUGAAUCAUUCACCAAGAGACUUAGUCCCCCUAACACACUGCUGGGCCCACUUUUGAAAGGAAAGGUCAAUGAUCAGUUUUCUAUCACUUUCAAGAACUUAGCCUCUCGUCCUUUUAACAUCUACCCAAAUGGUCUUACCAAAGUUUAUCCACUGGAGAAAAAUACAAAUGAAGCAAAGAGGGACUUGCGUACAAUGGGAGUGCCCCCCAACAGCACUUUUAGAUACAUUUGGAAGCUCACGACUGAGGACGGGCCUUUAAAUGGAGACCCCCAGUGUCUCACACAGCUGUAUCAGAGCACAGUGUCACCAGAGAGAGACUUGGCAACUGGGCUGGUGGGCACACUUCUCAUCUGCAAAUAUCACGCCAUCGACAUCAGUGGGCGGUUGCUGAGUCCAGACAGGGAAUUAAGUUUGAUCUUUGCUGUUUUUGAUGAAAACAGAAGUUGGUGUUUUGAAGAAAACAUGAUUAAAUCAAAGCAACUGACCUUAUUUAACAAUACAGACAGUGAGUUCUACAAAUCCAAUGUUAUUCAUAGUGUGAAUGGGAUCAUGUUCAGUGGACGGAAGUUUGUCAUGUGCCAGACUGAUGUUACAUUCUGGCAUAUUGCCAAUGUGGGAACUCAAAGUAACUUUCUCAGCAUCUACUUCACUGGGAAUCUCUUUGAAUAUCAAGAUGCCUACCAGUCAGUCCUGACACUCUUUCCAAUGACUGCUACCACUGUUUCAAUGGAGACAGAAAUAAAUGGUGAAUGGGAGAUCAGUGCAUUUGACAGUAGCCGUAAAAGCAGAGGAAUGAGCAUAUUAUAUUCAGUGCGCCCAUGUGACACUGGGAAAACCACUUUUUUUGAUAAUGAUGAAGAGGAAUAUGUUUUUGAUUAUUUAGAUUCCACAGACUUUGGACCCAGAGGUUCAAGGCCGUUAAAUGGGACUAUCACUGUUCGUGUGUGUAAGAAGGGACUAAAUGUUACUCAAUUUGAAACAACAGGCUCCAAUAAAACCUUAAGGUGCAAACUCAAAAAUGUGACACUUGCACAAUUGAGUGAUCUGACAGCAAGAAAAGAGAAAGAAGAAGAAAUUCCACUGGAUGUUUUGGAGGAAAGCAGUGUCCACACAGGCUCAGAGAAUCCUAAUGUGAGGUUAAAAAGACAGGCACAUGGAAACUGGACAGAAAACAACCUUAUGUCAGAAGAAUUAACUGGAUACUGGGAGUUGGAUGCAGGAGAUUUAGAAAGUCAAAAUGUCUCCACAGCCCUAAAGGAAAAUAACCAAAUAUUAAGUGACAUGAAUAUGACCAUGUAUGAUCCUGAAAGCAGCAAUGAGAUUUUACUGGACCCAAUGGAAUCUGUGAAGUCAGAGGGUGCAAAUCUUUUAAAAAAACUUCUAAAUUAUCCUCCAACAAACUUAGAGAAACAAACAGCAGACUUUGGUUUGGAGUUCAGAAAUAACACAGACAUUGAAAAUGCAACACAUAUUUCUUUGUCUGUAGAUUAUGAUGAUUAUAGCCUGGAGGAAAAUGGUACUGAUACAUUUGGCUCUGACUACUUGAACAUGCGAUCAGGUGAAAUGAGAGGCCGACAUUAUUACAUUGCUGCAGAAGAAAUCAGUUGGGACUACGGCAUCAGUAAACCUUAUCAGUUUAUCAAACACAGAGAGAUGCGGCGUGGUAUGCGAAAGUUCUUGCCCAAGUAUAAGAAAGUUGUAUAUCGAGCCUACAGAGAUAAAGACUUCCAGCAUCCCGUUCCAAGAGGAGAGCUGGAGGAACACCUUGGAAUCAUGGGACCGUUCAUUAGAGCUGAGGUCAAUGAGCUCCUUACAGUUGUCUUUAAGAACAAAGCAUCAAGGCCUUACUCUUUUCACAUUCAAGGGGUGUAUGACAGGAGCCAAAGAGCUGGCUCUGGUCAGACUUACACCCCCGAUGCUCCUCCUGGAGUCCCUGGAGAUCCAGUGGCCCCGGGAGAGGCCAGAACUUACACCUGGAGAGUAACUAAGAAAGAAGGCCCCUCCGACAAAGAGCUGAGCUGCAAGACAGGAGCAUACUACUCUACACAGGAUAAGGACAGAGACCUUCAUUCAGGGUUAGUUGGACCUCUAGUUAUCUGCAAACCUGGCAUUCUUCAGCCUGGGCAGAAGGAUGUCCAGGAGUUUGCUUUGCUGUUUCACUCCUUUGAUGAAACUAAGAGCUGGUAUCUGGAGGAGAACCUCCAAGAAUACUGUGUCCCUCCAUGUCGAGCCAAUCGUGAAGAGCCCGGGUUCCACACUAGCAACAGCUUUGCAGCAAUCAAUGGGUAUGUGGCAGAGACACUGCCUGGCCUGUUAGUGGCUCAGCACCAGUUGGUCAGGUGGCACUUGCUUAACGUGGGCAGUGAUGGCGAAUACCAUGCUGUGCACUUUCACAGUCUGCCCUUCAUUGUUCAUACUGGGGCAGACCAUCGGAUGGGGGUCUACCAGCUUUUUCCUGGUGUUUUUGGUACACUGGAGAUGAGGCCUCCCACAGUGGGCACGUGGUUAGUGGAAUGCACUGUUGCAGAUUAUCAACUGGCUGGUAUGAGGGCAAAAGUACUGGUCUACAACCCAAAGUGCGUCUUACCAUUGGGAAUGAAAUCAGGAAGGAUAGAUGAUUUUCAAAUCACAGCGUCAAACUAUUUGGAUGGAUGGGAGCCUCGUUUGGCUCGACUGGAUCAGUCUGGAUUUGUCAAUGCUUGGAUGGGUCAAGGGAAGAUGCCAUGGAUACAGGUUGAUUUGUUGAGGCCCAUGCUCCUACAUGGAGUGCAGACUCAGGGAGUGAGAGCAAAGUUGAGGGACCACUACAUCACACACUUUAGUGUGUCCUAUAGCAUGGACCUGGAGACGUGGACCAACUACAGGGGGAACAGCACAAGGCGAGCCUGUCUUUUCUUUGGCAACAUGGACAGUGCCAAAGUAAAGGAAAACACCUUCUCUCCGCCCUUUGUGGCGCGUUAUAUUAGGAUUCAUCCAGUGAAUGUUGUGAAAAGGCCAGCUUUAAGAAUGGAACUACUGGGGUGUGAUGUCAACAGCUGCUCUCUGCCUCUAGGGCUGCAGGCCAGGCUGAUCCCUGAUACCAGCUUCACUGCUUCUUCAGUUCAUUCAUCGCUGCUCUGGAGCUGGAGCCCUUUCCUUGCUCGGCUCCACCAAGAGGGCAGUGCUAAUGCCUGGAGGCCUAAGAACAAUAACCCACAUGAGUGGCUACAAGUGGAUUUGGGAAAGGUUCGACGCAUCGCGGGUGUAGUGACUCAAGGAGCCUACUCACUCCUCACACAGAUGAUGGUCACAGAGUUCUCAGUCAGUGUCAGUCAGGACGGGCACUCCUGGAGCAGUGUGCUGGAGGAGGGCUCACAAAGAGAUAAGAUCUUCAGUAGAAACAAUGACCCAGAUGACGAAGCUCUAACGGUUUUUGAUUACCCACUGUUUGGACGCUAUCUUCGGAUACACCCACUCGGCUGGAUCAAUGACAUUGCUCUGAGGUUGGAGGUUUUGGGGUGUGACACACAGCAGCUUCCUUUAUAGCACAAAAAUAAUGUGUACAUUAUAAACCAUCUACCUGCUGCUCCUGCUGCUGCUGCUAGGCUCCUACUAGAGAAUUUUUCUUUUUUUUUGUGCUACAGUUUCACACUGGAUAUUGUAAAUAGUGCAGACAUUAUGGAUGUAUGAAAGGUUGCUUUGCUGCAACGUUGUCUUAUUUUGAUAAACAAGGUGUUUUUCUCUUCUCACUGAAUGGGCAUUUUUCUAUGCAGACUGUGCAACAAAAGCUCACAGUUUAGAAUUAAAAACAAAGUGUUCUUGUGUUA